UCUCGCGGUUUUUGAGCUGUGUGGGCCUUUCGAAGAAGGUGUGCUUCAUGGCGGUUACGGAGACUGCGGGAGGUGAAGCUCUGACGAUGGAGAAUGGACAGAGCACAGGCUCCAAGCUCGGCCUGCCGCCUCUCACCCCUGAGCAGCAGGAGGCACUUCAGAGGGCAAAGAAGUAUGCCAUGGAACAGAGCAUUAAGAGUGUCUUGGUGAAGCAGACCAUUGCCCAUCAGCAACAACAGCUCACCAAUCUGCAGAUGGCAGCAGUGACAAUGGGCUUUGGAGAUCCUCUCUCACCUUUACAAUCGGUGGCAGCUCAGCGGCAACGUGCUCUAGCCAUCAUGUGUCGGGUGUAUGUGGGCUCCAUAUACUAUGAGCUUGGUGAGGAUACCAUCAGACAGGCUUUUGCCCCCUUUGGCCCCAUCAAGAGCAUUGACAUGUCCUGGGAUUCUGUUACGAUGAAACACAAGGGGUUUGCAUUUGUGGAGUAUGAUGUGCCAGAGGCUGCUCAGCUGGCUCUGGAGCAGAUGAACUCAGUCAUGUUGGGGGGGCGAAACAUUAAGGUUGGGCGGCCAAGUAACAUCGGUCAGGCGCAACCCAUCAUUGACCAACUGGCAGAGGAGGCACGCGCCUUUAACCGGAUCUAUGUGGCAUCUGUCCACCCUGACCUCUCUGACGAUGACAUCAAGAGCGUGUUUGAGGCCUUUGGAAGGAUCAAGUCUUGCACGUUAGCCAGGGAUCCCACCACAGGGCGACACAGAGGCUUUGGCUUCAUUGAGUAUGAAAAGCCACAGUCAGCCCUGGAUGCUGUAUCUUCUAUGAACCUCUUUGACCUGGGGGGUCAGUACCUACGAGUAGGCAAAGCAGUGACCCCACCCAUGCCAUUACUGACCCCCACAACCCCCGGUGGUCUGCCACCAGCAGCGGCUGUGGCUGCAGCGGCAGCCACAGCCAAGAUAACGGCCCAGGCAAGUAUGAAUCCCUUCCAAAGGGAUUUAAUGGCCUUCCAGGAGGCUGUAGCUGGCGCAUCAGUUCUGGGGGCGUUAGCUGCGCCCCAGCUUCUGGGUCAGCAAAUGGGAAUACCUCAGGCUGUAAUGGCUGCCCAGGCACCGGGGGUCAUCACAGUGCGUCCUCCCAUACCAGUGCUUCCCCAGGUUGGCCUUGUAAAUCCUGUACUCGCAUCACCACCUGUCCUGUCUAACCAAGCCGGAGCUGCCAACCAACUAGAAAAGAAAGAGGAAAAAGAGGAGAUGCUCCAAGACGGAACCGGACAGGAGAUGUUAAGUGACCAAGAGCACAUGAGCAUCUCUGGCAGCAGUGCUAGGCAUAUGGUCAUGCAGAAACUGCUAAGGAAGUCUGAGUCUACGGUGAUGGUACUUCGAAAUAUGGUCGGUCCAGAAGAUAUUGACGACGAUCUUGAAGGCGAGGUGACAGAGGAGUGUGGUAAAUUCGGUUCCGUCAACAGAGUCAUCAUAUACCAGGAAAAGCAAGGAGAAGAGGAGGACGCAGAUAUUAUUGUCAAAAUCUUUGUAGAGUUCUCCAUGGCCUCGGAGAUGAACAAAGCCAUCCAGGCCCUCAACGACCGUUGGUUCGGAGGUCGUAAAGUUGUCGCAGAAGUGUAUGACCAAGACCGUUUCAACAGCAGUGACCUCUCUGCAUAAAGUAUCUGAAAUGGUUCACCAGCACCCAUCCCAUACCUGUCAGCCUAACUCAUUUCAGCUACACUCACUGCAGCUAGAGAAGUGGGCCUCUGAAACUUGUAAUUAUGUUUUUAUUUUCUUUUUUUAAAUUGCUGUUGAUAUUAAUGUUACGCACCCUGUUUGGGGUUCAUUAAAUAUUUCAGUGUCAGAUUUUGAUUUGUGAUCUGUGAAGACUCCUUUUUGGUGCAAGUUUCAAAUUUUGUAAUCCUGUUAAAUAUUUUAGGUUUCCUGCUUUAAGCUCCUGUUUUUUUGUUUUGUUUUUCUUUUCUUUCAUGAAACUGCGGGGACAUGUAAACACUUUUUUCUUUAUACUAUUAAAGGUUAUUCUUUGUCCACAGAAUGUGUGAUGGAUUUUUUUUUUUUUUUUAACAAAUGAUGGAAUGAAAAAAUUAUUUUUAAGGAUUAAUUUGUAAACAUGUUUAUUGUUUUCAAAAGCUACUCCUUCCUGGACAGUAUGACAGUAGACAGAACUUUAAAUAACUUGGAGAAGAUUUUGUUUUUUGGCUUUUUGUAGGAAAAAUGGGCAACUCUAUUUUGUAUUUAUAUCGUUGCUCAGGGGCUCGUCUGGGACUCCUUCCAGUUCUCUUGUUUCUGCAUAGUGUAUAUUUAUCAUUUAACUCUUAUUCCCUCCACUUGGACUUUGUAUUCUGUGACAUGAACAGUAUCUGAAAUAAGUGCCACGAUGAGAACAUUUACCUUGUAAACUGCUUUUGUAUCCAUGUGUUUCUGCACCAUAAUUAAAGUUUGUGUCCUGA